AUGUUUGCCAUGUCGCAACACCAAUAUACCUAUGCCGCCGCUCAGGCACCACCACCACGGCAAUAUCCCGCCCACGGCACCAGCAGCGCCUUUUCCAGUUCCGCAAACCCCGAUGAGGAUUGGACCAAGAUCUCCGAUCUUGCUGAGCGCCGGAGGAUCCAGAACCGGAUCGCUCAACGCAACUACCGCAAGAAGCUCAAGAGACGUUUGGAAGACCUGGAGAGACGCGCCAACACCUCGGAUGGCUCCCCACCGGCCAGUGGACCAGAGAAGCAGACCACCAGCAAGAAUGUGAAGAAGUCCCCGGUUAAGACGCAAAAGGGAACUCCGGCGCCCCAGAAGCCAGUGCAAGCGCCCCAGUUUACGCCGCCCAUGACCCACGAGGACGAGCUCAUGUUUCCUUCGCCAUACGACGACAGAGAACGCUCGCACACACCACCAUUCAUCCAGUACUCUUCUUACCCGCCGCCCGACGAGAUGCUGCUGCCUCCCUACGGUGCCGCGCAGCCCUACCAGACCAUGACCACGGCCGAGGCGUACCCUAGUUACAUGGCCACCACCAUGCCCUCGACGCUGCCCUCCAUUACUCACUUCAACGACGCCAUCAAGAGGGAAUCGUACCCCGAGGAGUCAUUGUCGCCCUACAUGAACUACGGCUUCCUGCCAGGCAUUGAUAUGAGUGGUCAGAACCCAUACGACAGCUCCAACCCUCAUACACCGCCUCUUUCCCACUCAUUCGACCACUCGGCAAACUGCUCUGAUUCCGGUUAUGAGUACCCAACCACACCGCUAUCAAUGCCAGACUCGCCCAACAUGAUACAACAAUGA